AUGAAUUACGAUUCAUGUCUUAAAUUACAAAACCAUUUAUCAGAAUCUUUAAAAACAACAACCAUUGAUAAAUGCGGUUAUCUCCUCAUUGUAGAACAUGAACCUGUUUAUACUGUAGGCAUCAGACAAAACGACUACACUUCACAUUUAGAAGAUAAUUUAAUUAAUCUAGGUGCAGAAUUCAAACGUACCAACCGAGGCGGUCUAAUUACUUUUCAUGGUCCUGGACAACUAAUUGCUUAUCCAAUUUUAAAUUUAAAAAAAUUUAAUCCUAGUAUUCGAUGGUAUGUUACAAAUUUAGAAACAACUAUUAAAAAUCUUUGUAAUGAGACUUAUGGGCUUAAUGCAACUACUACAUCUGAUACUGGAGUUUGGAUAGAUAAUCAUAAAAUCUGCGCGAUAGGUGUGAGAUGUAGCCGAUAUGUUACUACUCAUGGUCUUGCUUUGAAUUGUAAUACUGACUUAUCUUGGUUUAAACAUAUUGUACCUUGCGGUCUACAUGGUAAGGGAGUUACUUCUCUCAGUAAAAUUUUUGAAAAGAACAUUUCUGUUCACGAUGUGUUACCAUAUUUUUUACAACAUUUUCGUAAAUCAUUUUCAUGUGACAUUGAAAAUACUGAAAUUGAUGAAAUUAAUUAA